AUGGCGUUCACCAUGCUGAGACCCGUGGCAGCUCACAUGCUGUACCCAGACCUCAGUAUGCUCUCCGAGGACGAAGAGAACCGGAGCGAGAGCGACGCCUCGGACCAGUCCUACGGCUGCUACGAGGACCUGGAGACCAGGAGGAAGGUGGCCAGGAAGCCAGGCCAGGUGGUGAUGGUGAAGCAGAGGCAGGCAGCUAACGCCCGGGAGAGGGACCGGACGCAGAGCGUCAACACAGCCUUCACAGCCCUGCGGACCCUCAUCCCCACCGAGCCCAUGGAUAGGAAGCUGUCCAAGAUCGAGACCCUCCGCCUGGCCUCUAGCUACAUCUCCCACCUGGCCAACGUGCUGCUGCUCGGAGAGGGCUGCGAGGACGGGCAGCCCUGCUUCAGUGCCAUCUAUGGCUCCAAGGGGGAGCUGGACAACAAACAGCCCCGCAGCAUCUGCACUUUCUGCCUCAGCAACCAGAGGAAAGGGGGCAGCCGGAGGGAGCUUGCGGGCAACUGCCUGAAGGCGCGAGGGGUGAACCCAAUGCGGGUGCCGCGGAGAUGA